UCUCCUUGAGGUACUGCCACCCCCAGGAAGUGCUGCAGGAGCUGGGGAGUGAAAGCAAGAAGUGUUCUGAGCCCAGAGACCAGAGGAAGCAAGAGGCUGCAGUGAAAGAAGAAGUGAAGCGAAGUGAGAGCGUGUUGUGUUGUGUUGUGCGGGGCAAGGAGAGCAGAGAGAAGGGGAGGACUGAGAGCCCGUGCCGAGCACCGAGGGGAGCAGAGAGGAGGCGGCCGGCAGAGACAUCCAAGUUCCCUUUUGUUCUGUGGACCGGAGCUGGGAGCCCGUGGCAACAGCACAGCAGCGGCGGCUUCACAGGUUGGAAACUAGUUUUUGGAAGAGACUGGGAACAGGACAUGGAUGACCAUAGGGUCUUUUUCCUCUGCCUGUGCCUCAUGAUUGCUCACAGUGAUACAGUGGAGGAGUCCCAAGAACCCCUGAGCUGGAUGGAGAACCUGGAGACGAUGUCCAGGAGCCGCAAUGUGACUUCGCUUCGUGGGCUUAUCCGGGGCCUGGAGUGCAGCCUGUUGAACACCAGCUUCGAGGGCAAGAACCUUACCUUGCAGACGCACAGCAUCCAGACACUGGCCUUCAAGCUGGGCUGUGACUUCACUGGCCUCGCACUGAGCAGUGCGACUCUGGAGCGGGUCCCCCAGGCCUCGGUGCCGCACGCCAUGCAGUUCCCGGCAGAGCUGACCCAGAAUGCCUGCAGGACCCGCCCCAGGGAGCUGCGCCUCAUCUGCAUUUACUUCUUCACUGACUACUUUUUCCAGAGUAUCAACUCAUCUUUGCUCAAUAACUAUGUCCUGGGAGCCCAGCUGAGUCACGGACACGUGAACAACCUCAGUGAGCCGAUCAACAUCAGCUUCUGGCACAACCGAAGCCUGGAAGGCUACACAGCGACCUGUGUCUUUUGGAAGGAAGGAGCCAGCAAGGAUCACUGGGGGGUCUGGAGCCCCGAGGGCUGUCGCACAGAGCAGCCGUCACCUUCCCAGGUGCUCUGCCGCUGCAACCACCUCAGCUACUUUGCUGUUCUCAUGCAACUCUCCCCGGCCCCGAUCCCCGCAGAGCUGCUGGCGCCUCUUACGUACAUCUCCCUGGUGGGCUGCAGCAUCUCCGUCGUGGCCUCGCUUCUCACUAUCCUGCUGCACUUCCAAGCCAGGAAGCAGGGUGACUCCACAACACACAUCCACAUGAACCUGCAUGCGUCUGUGCUGCUCCUGAACGUCGCCUUCCUCCUGAGUCCUGUGCUGGCCAGGGCCGGGGCAGCAUGCACAGCACUGGCGGCCAUCCUGCACUUUGCGCUGCUCAGCUGCCUCACCUGGAUGGCCAUCGAAGGCUUCAACCUCUACCUCCUCCUGGUGCGCGUCUACAACAUCUACAUCCGUCAAUAUAUGCUCAAGCUGUGUGCAGUGGGUUGGGGGGUCCCAGCCCUCCUGGUGCUGCUCCUUCUUGUUGACCAGAAUUCAGUGUAUGGACCUCACACAAUCCCACUCUUCGACAGCCGGGGAAAUGGCACGGGUUUCCAGAACAAUUCCAUAUGCUGGGUGCGGAGCCCCUGGGUGCACAACAUCUUGGUCAUGGGCUAUGGUGGCCUCACAUCCCUUUUCAACCUGGUGGUGCUGGCUUGGGUGCUGCGGGCCGUGCACAGGCUGCGGGCGCAGGAGAAGGUGCCGGGCACCCGGGCCUGCCGAGAUAGCGUCACCGUGCUGGGCCUCACCAUGCUGCUGGGCACCACCUGGGCCUUGGCUUUCUUCUCCUUUGGUGUCUUCCUGCUGCCCCAGCUCUUCCUCUUCACCAUCUUCAACUCGCUGUACGGUUUCUUCCUCUUCCUGUGGUUCUGCUCCCAGAGGUGCCGCUCAGAGGCAGAAGUGGAGGCCAAGAUGGAGGCGUUCAGCUCCUCCCAGAUGAUGCCGUAGUCUGGGCCCGCUGGCCCAGAACCCGUAGCCUCUCUGGCUGCCUGCAGCCUGAGACUCUGGCUCCCACCAGAGAAGGUGGCAGGCCAGCUGCUGGACACCAGAAGCCCCUGUGCCUUCCAGGGAGGCUUCCCUACCUCUAUGGCUUCCCCGGGCCCAGAGGGCAGGGCAUUCUGCCCCGGGACAGGUGCAACCCCGCUGGGGGUCAGCAAACUUUACUGGGGUGCCUGGGCCAGGGUACCUGGUCAGGCCCAUGGGCAGAGCACUGGCUUGGGAGUCAGGAGGCCAUAUUUCGAGGCUUGGCUCCGAGUCUUACCGUAUGACCUUGGGCCUGUCAUCUCCCUGACCCUGGAUUCCACAUCUGUGACAUGGGGCAGAUGGCUUUGGUCCUGCCUAGCCCAAGAGCUUUGUGAAGACUGAGUAAAACCAGGGAAGAAGGUCUUAGUGGGCCCCGUUACUUCCAACUGCCUGCUGGGGGCGGGGUCUCUGCCAAUCUGCCCUGGAUAUUUCCUGCUGGGCCCUGCCACCUUCCUUCUGGGGAGGGCCAGACCACAUCUUGGCCCAGGGUCCCCACCCCAGAGCCGAGUCUCACCCAGUGUCUGAGACCUCACCAGCUUAUGCCUGAGGCUGCUUUUCCUUCAGUCCCCCCAAAUUAUGAUGACCCACAACUCCAGGCCUGUUCUUAAAGAUCAGGAAGUCCAGUCCUUCCCAGAAGCUCCUCCUCCAGUGCUCCCAAGACCCCUAUAGGCCAUGUAGAACAGAAGCUGGCGAUAGGGCUUCCUGGGGAUAGGAGGGCAGAGCCUCUUUCCCCUCCACCUGAGCCAGCUGGGCCUGUGACCUGGGUAUUUGAUGAUCGGUUAGGAUCGAAUUUCCCCUGGUAGGCGUGAGGGUAUGGAUUCUAAACCCAAGCUAAGGCCACAGUUGUAGAGACCUACCUUGACCUAUCCGUCAGACCAAGAGGGAGAGGGCUCACGAAGCCAGCUGCAUUCCCAGGAUGCACACCAGAGGGCGCUGUUGGCCUGUGCUCAGAGGCCGUUGGCUCCAAAAUCCAUCUGGAAAUGUCACCUGUCUGUGGACUUGACACACGAGGGGCAGAGGUCCUGCUUCCAGAACUGCUCCUGCUGAGGGACCCAAGAAAGAGUUCUCACACUGUUUACAUGGCCAUUUCUCUCUUUUCCCAACGCAGCUGCCGGUUCUGGCUCUUCUGGGCAUAUCCGGCGCUAAAGCCGUGGGCUGGGGUAGGCUCUCAGGGCGCCGCCCCAGGCCGUCAGACAGGUAAUAAUGGCUGUGGAGGGCGCGGUGAGGGAACUGGAGCUGGAUCCCUUUUCUCCUGGAGGGGGGUCUUCUGCCCUCUGCUAAUUUCUUGAUGCAAAUAGCCCUUCUCUGGGUGGUGAGUACUGUGGUCUCUAGAGCCAGACUGCCUGGGCUCAGAUGGCUCUGCCACUUGCCAGCUAUGUGACAAGCCACUCAAGUUCUCUGUGCCUCAGUUUUCUAAUCUGUAAAACAGAGGUAGUAGUAGGGGUGCCUAUUUUGAAAAUGAAAAAAAAAAACCCACAUAAAGAGGUUUAGCAUGUAGUAAGUGCUCAAUAAACGGUUAUCAUUGUUA